AUGCUGCCGCUGCUCCGGAGCUCCGAGCUCAGUCAGGCCGACAGUGAGGAGCUUCAGCCCGGCCGAGGAGGCUCAGUGCCCGAAUGGGUGAUUAGCAACAACCAGACACAAGUUGUUAACGCCUACCAGUACACUUGUUCCUUUCCUCCCAAUAAACAAGGAAGCAAGCUGCUGGACUUUGACAUCCAGUCCUGCUGGAUGGAUAUUAACUUCCUCUGCUUCAUUUCCAGCACUUGUCUGGUUGUGCUAACUCUCCUCACAUCCUUCAUCUACCACUUUCUGAGGUGGCAGCUAACCUACGGCUACUACCUCUUCCUGGCCUUCCUCUAUGACAAGAGGAAGAGGAAGCAGGAAGCUCCUCACUGCUACGACGCCUUCAUCUCCUACAACGUUCAUGACGAGGCCUGGGUUUACCAAGAGAUGCUUCCAGUGCUGGAAGGAGAGCAGGGCUGGAGACUCUGUCUGCACCACAGAGACUUCCAACCAGGUAAACCCAUCAUAGAGAACAUCACAGACGCCAUCUACACCUGCAGGAAGACCAUCUGUGUGAUCAGCCGUCACUACCUGCAGAGCGAGUGGUGCUCCAGAGAGAUCCAGAUGGCCAGCUUCCGUCUGUUUGAUGAGCAGAAGGACGUGUUGAUCCUGCUGUUUCUGGAGGACAUCCCCGCUCAUCAGCUGUCUCCGUACUACCGCAUGAGGAAGCUGGUGAAGAGACGCACCUACCUGAGCUGGACGCAGGCUGGUGGACACACAGGAGUCUUCUGGCAGAACGUACGGAGAGCUCUGGAGACGAGAGACGUUCCCAACGAGACCACCAACCUGCUGACCGGACCCACGGGACGCUGA